UUCGAGAUUCCUCCUCCAUCCCGUCGUGCAAAGCGGCGCUCGCAAUAUGGCGGCUUCCAUGCGACUAAAUAUAGUUAAGGGGGUAUCAUGUUUGCUGAAUGUUGCCCGUUGUGCUCCAUCUUCUCUUGUGAUCCCAGUAAGGACCAAGAAACGACUUAAACUUCCCUCUAGGAUCUAUGAUUCUUUGGACCAACAGCAAAAACACUUAAAAGCUAAAAUGGCGAUGCCUGAAGAUAAGCUAUCACAGUAUAUCACUAUUACCUGCACAAGGGGGAUCUUUGAACCUUACGUUCCUCCAGAAGGAGAUGCCCGUAUGUCGAUGUUAUCUAAGGAAGGUCUGUUGCAAAGGACAGAGAAAUUGAGGAAUACUGCAAAAUCUUACACAUCGUAUAAUCCGAAAAUAAGGGCGAGUGAUCCUGACUUCCGCAUCAAAACCUUUGCAGAGAAAGCCCAAGGAAUCUAUAUUGAGGCACACAAUAAUCUGGCCAAUUUUAAUGAGGAGAAACUCCACACUCUAGUGACUGAACACUGUUACCCGGAAAUGGUACAAGGAAAUGAACAUAAGACCAUUCGAUGGAGAUUUCUGGAAUCAUUGGAGCCCCCUAGAGUGGUCCAGGUGCGAUGCCCAACUCUGCUGAACGAGGAUCUUUUGUAUGGGCAAGUGACAGUUCGAAUUCACCUUCGACAGAUUUUAGCUAUCUAUGAUCAGUUUGGGAGGCUUAUGUAUGGAAGUGAACAGAUACCAAAGGAUAUUCUGGAAUAUGCUGUGUUUGAAAAACAUUUGCUACACAAAACUGGCCAGUGGAGAUUACAUGACAAGAUUGUUCCAUCCUGGGCGCCUCCAAAAGAUCCUCUAAUCAAGACUGUUAUGAUCCCAGGACCAACCGUGACACCUUCGGAAGCUUAAGGAAGAAUCAUCAAGAGGUGCCACAUCCACAUAUUUAAUGCAACAAAUAAGAAGACCAAAAAAAAAAAAAACAGGAAGAUAGAAUUGGAUAUGUUGGGCGAGCUUCUUAUGUGUUAUGCCUCUGGUUAAAUUAUGAGGUAUAUAUCAAGCUGUAUAAUCCCUAUAUUAUUCCAUUUUUCAGUCUUCCUUGCUAGAAUAAUUGAUGUGUACUUUGCGAUAUUGGUUGUAUAUUGUUACUUUUUGAUUAAUAAAGUAAUAGAUUUUAAGAUACAAAAACCUAAUCAACUUUUAUUUUACAAUCCACUGAAAUCCACAGGGUCAGGAGCUUUCUCUGAUUUCAUAGAUGUAAGGGUAGUGACAGUUUCUUGAAUUAAAAAAAAUAUGGUACUUAUGUAGCUAGUAAUCUCAUAUUCUACAUUUUUAAAUCAUCUAUAUCCUUUGUAGAUGAUUUAGAAAUUAUGGUUUGGAAUAAAGUUUUUAAAAGUUUUAAAUAGGUUUGAAGAUUGCAUACUCAGUCCUAUAUAAACUGUGGUAGGCAAAGUACUAAAAAGUCUUUUUUGCAAAUAACAUUUAUUAAAUUUGUGUUUAGCAGGUACCAAAAUUCUGUAUCACUCAGCAGCUUGAUGGGAGACAUACAGAAUUCAAUUCUUAAAAGUGAAAAUAAAAAAGAAAUAAAGCUCAA